AGCCUGCUCUGCCCUACCCCACCGGUGACAUCGUCCAUCCCAUCAAGGUUGACGAGAGCGGAUCGUUCCUCUCCUACGACCUGUCCCACCGAGCGCUUCACCGCAGGUCUCCUUCCUCCAGGACCAAGUUUCUCGCCUUCUACAAACUCAGUUACAAAGGAGAAGCCCUGAAAUUCAACCUGAGCCUCAACCACAACCUCCUGGCGCCCGGGUUCGUCAGCGAGAGGCGACACGGGGGGAUCGCUAAGGCCAAGAUCCAGGGGCGCGGGCACAACUCCUGCCACAUGAUCGGGGAGGUUCGGAGCCGGGGGACGCUGCCAGGGGGCCUGGCCGCGCUCAGCACGUGCGAUGGCCUGAAAGGUGUGUUUCGGCUCAUGAACGAGGACUAUUUCAUCGAACCAGUGUCCACCAGCUUUCGGGAGGACGGAGCAGCUCAGCCCCACAGGAUAUACAAGCGCCAGGCGCCCGGGCUUGGGGCAGAGCAAGGCAGGAGGUCACCAGCUCCAAGAGAAACCUGUGGCGUGGAAGUUGCUCCAAGGUCUGAGAAGCGGAGGGAAAGGUGGGAACAGAAGCAGCACAGGAAGAGAAGAAUAAAGCAGCGCUCCAUCAGCAAGGAGAAGUGGGUGGAAACGCUGGUGGUGGCAGACACCAAGAUGAUCGAAUACCACGGGAGCGAGAACAUAGAGAAGUACGUGCUGACCGUGAUGAACAUGGUGGCGGGUCUGUUCCACCACCCCAGCAUUGGGAACCCCAUCAACAUCGCGAUCGUGCGACUCAUCCUGCUGGAGGAGGAGGAGGAGGACCUGAAAAUCUCCCACCAUGCAGACAACACCUUGAGAAGCUUUUGUAAAUGGCAGAAGAGCAUCAAUGUUAAAGGAGAUUCCCAUCCUCUCCACCAUGACGUUGCGGUCCUGCUCACAAGGAAGGACAUCUGCGCAGCGAUGAACAGACCCUGCGAGACCCUGGGUCUGUCCCAUGUGGCAGGGAUGUGCCAACCCCACCGGAGCUGCAACAUCAACGAGGACACGGGACUGCCCCUGGCCUUCACCGUGGCCCAUGAGCUCGGACACAGUUUUGGGAUUCAGCAUGAUGGAAGCAGCAAUGACUGUGAGCCAGUUGGGAAAAGACCUUUCAUCAUGUCUCCACAGCUCCUGUAUGACACGUCCCCACUCACCUGGUCCCGCUGCAGCCGGGAGUACAUCACACGCUUCCUCGA